AUGUCGAGCAUGCGCGGACGUUGCUUGGCAUCGAAUCUGCGCUGUUCGGCGCUGCUGUUGUCGCUCUGCAGCACCCAUCGCACGCCGAAACCAAAACCUCAAAUUCUCAACCCAACCUCGGCCAACUUGAUGUGCAGCCAACUAACACCCCCACAGCAGAUUGCCGUCCCCGAGACCCUGCUCAAGAAGCGCCGCACCAACGAGGCCACUCGUGAGGCCAAGCUUGCUGCCGCCGUUGAGGCCCGCAAGGCCCUCAAGGCCAAGCGCAAGGUCAUCUUCAAGCGUGCCGACGAGUACGUCAAGGAGUACAACGCCAAGGAGCGUGAGGAGAUCCGCCUCAAGCGCGAGGCCCGCAAGUCGGGUGACUACUACGUCCCCGCCCAGGCCAAGGUCUUCUUCGUUGUCCGCCUGAAGGGUAUCUCCAAGCUUGCCCCCAAGCCCAAGAAGAUCCUCCAGCUCCUCCGUCUCCUCCAGAUCAACAACGGUGUCUUUGUCCGCGUCACCAAGGCUACCGAGCAGAUGCUCCGCCUUGUCUCGCCCUACAUCGCCUACGGUGAGCCCAACCUCAAGGCCAUCCGCGAGCUUGUCUACAAGCGCGGCUACGCCAAGGUCAACGGCCAGCGCAUCCCCAUCACCGACAACGCCAUCAUUGAGCAGCAGCUCGGCAAGUACGGCAUCAUCUGCAUUGAGGACCUCGUUCACGAGAUUGCCACUGUUGGCCCCAACUUCAAGCAGGCCACCCAGGCUCUCUGGCCCUUCAAGCUCUCCAACCCCACUGGUGGCUUCCGUGACCGCAAGUUCACCCCCUACAUCCAGGGCGGUGACACUGGCGACCGUGAGCAGCACAUCUCGCAGCUCAUCCACCAGCUCGUUUAA